AUGCCUAAAAAAGACGUUACUGUUCCACAACCUGGAGUCACCUAAAUGGAGCCCAGCAGAGGUUGCGGUAAAUACUGUCAGGAUUUGGGGUAGAGAUAAUUGUGGUGGGAAGUGAAAUGAGAUUUAUCAUCAUGGGUUUCUGCAGAAAUGGAGCCAAUUGAAAAAGGAUCCUGGGUUUGCAGGACAGUUGACACUGGAGGUUUUUUCCUGGGUUGUAGUCUACAUUCAAAUGAAUAGGCAUUUUAUUAAGUGCACCAAGAUGGUGGGGACCCUGCCUGGCUAAAACAGUGAUGGAUGUCAAAAACAUUCAGUAUUUGGCUAGACAGAGGUUAACUAUAGACUAGGGCAGAGUCAAGACCUGGCCUAAGCAAUCGUACUGUGAUAUUUGUUCCCCACUCUUUAUGUCACUUGACUAUCUUGUUUUUCACCACAGAGCAGAGAUGUUCUAAGACCUUACCAGUAUCAGCUUCUGAAGUAAGCCAGUUUAUCAGCAACAUAAGGAGAAAUAGAGGCUACAGACAAACUAAUUAACCCGUUCAUUAUGGGUCCAGUUAGCUGUAGGGCUUGGUUUUGUUCAUGGAUCGCUACAGUCUAUCAGAUAAGUAAGGAAACUUGAGAUAGCUCAAGUUUCGGUUUUGGGAACCUGGUAUGACAAGACCACUUCCUGACAUAAUUACAAAUAAAUGGUUGUCCACCAGAGCACAUCCUGAAAGAUGGUUGUAUUCCCAGGUGCCGGGAUGUGAACUCCGGCAUUAUGAGCCUGGCAUAUGGGCCAGCACUGUGAUCAGAGGUGGGAGCCAGAAGGAGGCACUUCGUCAAGGGUUCAGGAAACUACUCCACUACAUCCAGGGAGAGAAUGAGACAGAGACUAAGAUUGAGAUGACAGUGCCAGUCACCUGCCGGGUGCAGCCUGGCACCACUGAAUACAAGGUUUCCUUCUUUGUACCAACUAAGCAUCAGAAUUCUCCACCAGAGCCCACAGACCCGGAUGUGUUCCUUGAGCAGAGGAAAGGAGCAGCCGUUUUUGUCAGGUCUUUUGGAGGAUUUGCUUCUGUGGAAAAAUUCAGCAAAGAAGCAAAAGCUCUGGCAGAUACUUUGCAGAAAGAGGGUCAAUCCUUUCAUUCUGAUUUCUACUAUACUGCUGGUUAUAACAGCCCUUUUACACUCUUCAACAGACAUAAUGAAGUUUGGUAUUUCAAGAAAGAAGAGAUAGAAGGGUUGUGGAUGGCAAAGAACUUCCUUGGAAAAAUUGGCAAACUUCUAGUCUAAUGGACACUAUGAAGAAAACCUGGGCACUCGACCUCAACUGGCAUUGACUUGCACCUUGUGAAUGUGUAUGUACCUGCAAUUUCCUUUCAAGUUCUUUUAUUUUCAUGUCAAAUGAGAUAAUAUGUACAGUUUUUGCAAACUUAAAGUACUCUAUAAAAUUCUAGCUUUUAUUGUUAAAAAAUUGGUUACUUUAAAAAAUUUCCUAGUUACUCAAAAUGACUAAGCUCACUCAGUGAGGCUUUUGAUACUCACUUUAGCUAAUGUCACUUAAAUGUUCUUUCCUUCCAGUAUACCUCAUAGUCU